GAGAGGCUGCGGGCAGCCGGGUGGCCUGCGGAGCCCCGGAACCCGACGGCCGAGCCCGCCGCGCCCCGGGGCGAUCGGGCAGCGCCGCCGCCAUGUCGCUGGGCACCGCGGGGCCAGCCUCGGAGACGGGGGAUGACAGUCUGUCUGCGACCACCUUUGACUCUGACUCUGACACGAAAGCAAAAAAGAAAAGUUUCCACAAACCUCCACCCACAUCCCUGAAGUCACCUUAUCACUCUAAACCGAGGAAGGUGGCCUCCUGGAGAUCUCUGAGGACCGCGGUGAGCAUGCCUCUCGGGGGCCGGAUGUCCUUGACGCCCCAAAAGCUGUGUCUGGGAAGCUCCAAGCAAGGCAGUCUGACCCCAGCCCAGACUUCAGACCUCACCUUGGAGUGUGCCUGGACCCACCCCCCCAGCAGCGCCCCCGACUUUGUGACCGAAGCCUUGAGAAUGAAGAGGUCAAACCUCAGGCGUUCUGCCAGCCACGGUUACGUUCCGGGGAACCCCAUCUACAGAGAGAAGGAGGACAUGUAUGACGAGAUCAUUGAGCUGAAGAAGUCACUAAACGUGCAAAAGAGUGAUGUGGAUCUGAUGAGAACGAAGCUUCGGCGCCUUGAAGAGGAAAACAGCAGAAAGGACCGGCAGAUAGAGCAGCUUCUGGACGCGUCCCGAGGCCCAGAUUUUGUUCGGACUCUGGCAGAGAAAAGGCCUGAUACUGGCUGGGUGAUCAGCGGGCUGAAGCAGAGGGUCCUCAGGCUGGAACAGCAGUGCAAGGAGAAGGACAGCGCCAUCAGCAAGCUGCAGACUGAUGUGAAGACCACGAACCUGGAGGAGAUGCGGGUCGCCAUGGAGACGUACUACGAGGAGAUUCACCGUCUCCACGGUCUCCUCGCAAGCUCCGAGACGACAGGACGGCGGCCUCCAGUGGAGAAGAAAAUCGGCCUUAAAAGGCAGAAGAAGAUGAGCAGUGCCCUGCUGAGCUUGUCCCGGAGCGUCCAGGAGCUCACGGAGGAGAACCAGAGCCUGAAGGAGGAUCUGGACCGCAUGCUCAGCAACUCCCCCACCGCCUCCAAGACCAAGGGCUACGCGGACUGGAGCAAGCCCCGGCUGGUUCGGCGGAUCGCAGAGCUGGAAAAGAAACUCAGUUCGAUGGAAAGCCCCAAGCCCCAGCCUUCAGAGGCAGCAAGGCCGGGCUCCCCGAGCCCCUCGGCGCCCAGCCCCACGUUGCGCCUGCAAGAGAGCGAGCGUCUGCGCGGAGCGGUGAGGAGCCUGAAGGGCGAGCGCAGCGCCCUGCACGCCCAGCUGCAGGAGAGAGAUUUGGAGGUGAAGCAGCUGCUGCAGACGAAGGCUGAGCUGGAGAAGGAGCUGGAAAACGUGAAGGAGGGAGAGAGGGAGAGAAGAGAGAGAGAGAAGGUGUUGAGAGAGGAGAUUCAGGAGCUGACCAGGAAGUUUCGGGAACUGGAAGGAAGGAAGAGGGAAGAGGAAGAUGAGCCCGCUGCGGCGGCUCCCGAGACCCACGAAGAACCCAGCCAGCCUCCCAGCCCCACCGCCAGCCCCUCCCAGCCGGACACUGGGCCAGACUGGAGCCAGGGGGACUCCUCCCGGCCCCCCUCCACCUGCUCAGAGGGGAGGAGAGACGAGGCCGCCAGGCUCCUGCAGCGCAGGUGGAAGGGGUACCAGCGCCAGAAAGAAAGGGCUCUUCUGGAUGAAGCGGCUGCCGUGCUGCAGGCGGCUUUCCGGGGGCAUCUAGCUCGGGCGAGGCUGCUGUCCAGCGCAGCGUGUGUCUCGGGACGCCCCAGGGUGCUGAGCCCUCCCACCCAGGACUCGCCCGAGCCCCGCACCCCGAGCCCCGCUGCCCAGGCCGAGGGAGACCCGUGGCAAGAGGAGGCCAUCACCAUCAUCCAGUCUGCCUUCCGGGCACACCUGGCACGGGCCAGGCACAGUGCCCCCGGUCCCGGAGCCAGCACUGCCGUGGUUCCCGACAGGCCAGACUGGCUGCCCCCCAGGGCCCCCUCCUCUCCACCCCGCCCUGCGGCCGCUCCCGGGCCUGGAGACAGCGAGGGGGGCAGCAGGGAGACCGCCAAGGGGCCAGCUCCAGAGGACGGAGCACCGAGGCCGCCACCCUGCUCCGCGGAGUCCCCCAUCUUGGGGCUGCAGCCCACGGUGCCCACACCCGCGGAGGACGUGAACUCCGACGACUCGGACGAGAUCAUCCUAGCGCCGUCUCUGCCCACGAGGAAGAGCACCUCCCCGCCCUAGGCCCCGGGCUUGCCUGCACACCGUGAUGCCUGUCAGGGACCCUAGGCUCAGAGGACAGGCACUGAGACUGGAGAGUAAUGUAUCCUGUUAGGAAAAGAACGCUGCCUGCUGGACACCUCGGCCUCCCCUGCCUCUUCUCUCUGUUUGCCCCUUUGCUUGUUUGUUGAAGGAACCCAAGGCCUUUCCUUUACCUUUGGGAAGGGGUCACUCCGUUCCGACCCCUGGCUGUCCCUCCCGCGAUGGUCUUCAGAGCCCACAGACUUACUCCCUGGACUGGAGGGCUGUGGGGAGCCCACAGAGACGGUCCGCAUGGCCCCUUCCGGCCCCUGUGGCCGAGCCCGGACGGCACCAGCGACGGCACUCCGCCACCCUCCGGACGGCUUUACCAGUCGGUCACGCUGGACGCGCCUGCUGUGCCUUUGGAGGAGCAAGGGAGCGGGAGACAGGCCUCUGGUCGGGGAAGUCUCUCCAUUCCUGAGACAGAACACAGGUCUGGAGACGCCGACAACGUCAGGGCCCCCAGACGUCUCGUGUGCCUCGCCACCCCCCACACACAGGCCUUUCUUCUGCCACCUUCCCCCUUGGGGCACUGACCCCAGUCAGGGGUUGGGGGGUAGAUUGGUCACUGGGUGGAUUAAGCAUUAAGAAAAGUCCCAAUUACAGUCACAGAAGCAGCGUCGAGGCCGCUUCUGCAGCACACGGCUGGCGCAGGGGGGCUGCUGUUCCCCCGCGCGGCGGCAGGUGCUGCGGACUCCAUGGGACCGCCCCGCACCCCCACCGCGUGCAGACCCCGGCUCCAAGGGGCCACAGCCCGGGCCGGGAGCGGACAUAAGGGCCUUUCAGGAGCUCGGGUCUGCUUCCUGUCUGGGAGAUCAGCCCUGGUUGACGGGGGGAGCCUGAGGCGUCCGGGCCCCCCACUCAGGGCUGCUGCCCAGCCAUCCCCGCACGUCCACGCCACCUCUCCCGGGGCGGGCCGCGCAGCUCAGGGAGGGCUGACGGCAAAAAGCCGGCUCUCAGCUGAGCCCAGGGGUCUGCCCACACCCUGGGGGUCUUGUCCCCGCCAACCCCCAGCCUGGCCCCCAGCCCCCCCACCAACAGCUCCUGGUGUUGUACCUCAGGGGCUCCAGCUCAGAUGUGUCCUCCUCUCAGGAAUCUCCUGGGCCCUCCUCACAGUGGUCAGAAGCUUCUGGCUCUAGCACUGACGAGGUGUGUGGCUCAAGGAACUCUGUGGUUCUGGCUCAUGUGCGGGGCAACCUCCAAACCCAGCCCCUUCCACCCCAAGUCACUCGGGGGACCCCCGGGCCCCUUUUACCACUUAGGUGCUAUUCAUACAGUAGCUUGAAAAAAUGCCAGCUGGGGACCAGGCUUGAGUUAUUUUUUUCUUUAUUUGGCCUGGAGCUGCCAAAUCCACUGUUUUCCAUCUGUUUCUCUCACUGGAUUGAUGGCUCACGCGGCUGGAUUCCGGCUGACCUCUGCCCGGUUUCGUCCACUGGAUCUGCUCCUCCUCUGGGUGCCAGCUCAGCUGAGGCCCGUAGGAGGCACCCAGAGGUGGUGGGAGCAGUGCCCGUGGGCCUGCACGUCCCCAGGGGUCCUGCUCCCCAGUGCCCACUCAAAACCGGGCGUUUCAGCUUCAAUCCUUACUCUCAGGAGCCCAAGGCUCUGGGCCCUGCAGCAGAGAGACCACCUUCAGGACACCACCCGUCCCCCAGCCAGGGCCUGGAGACCAGGCCGUAUGCAGUGGGCUAGCCAUCAGCAGAGCUGGGCGAAGUCAGCCCCCGAACCUGAGUUUUCUGAGAAAAUGCCCCUGAGGACUGUAAACGUAGAUCUGUCUGCCUGUGCUCCUUGAGUCCAGCAACGUUGAUGUAGGAAAAGUAGCCACCUCAGUAAAUGGGUGACCACAAGGCUGUGACCCUCUGACACCGCAGGGCUCUGUCCCCUGGGGAAUGCCAGGUGCCCAGCGGGCUUGCAGGGCCCGGGGCUCGGGCUGGGGUUCUAGGGCCUGAGGAGAGCAGCACGGGAGCGGGGCCUGGGCUAGAGGGCCGCCUCCUGCGGUGCCCGCCUGCCUGGCGCUGCCCCACCAGGGCGCCCUGCAGACAGACCAGAGCGCUGGUCCCAGCAGAAAGACCAAGUGCAUUGCGAAAGGGACAGCCACCAGCCAGGCGGACCAGGGCCAGCGCUGCAGAGCUCCGCUUCAUUCUUGAGAAGUAAAUACCCUCUGGGAAAGCCACAUUCACCUCAAGGUCUGAAUAUUUAAAUUGCGCGAGAACCCACCUAAGCCAGUUCAAUCCCCGGCUGUGGUUUGGGAAGCAGUGUUCGCUCUCAGAAGUUCUGAGGACCGGAGGGGGGGCGUACACACCCACCUGGGUUGGCUGGCUGCUGCCCCAGGACUCGGGGGGGCGGGGGUGGGCCUCCUCGAGCUCCCUGGGGUCUGUCAGCAGCUAAUAGAGCCAGGCAAGCCUCCUUCAGGGCCAGAGGUCUCACUCGUCAGGGAGUCGCAGGGAGACACCAGCAGGCAGCCUCCGCGGGAGGGGUGCCUCUCUUGUCCCUGAUGACGGCCGCGUGUGGGAGUUUCCCGACCUUACGCGUAACUUACCGUGAGCCCUUUGGAAGGGAUCGGGUUUCCCUCUGCUUUUGUAA